AGUGAAGUUGGGACGUUCCGUUUCACUUCCUCAUGGGAUAACAAUUCUCACAUGGGCUACAUUUUUACAAAAACAGAUUUGUGGUAACCUUAACAAGCAAGGCUAAACAAAAAUCGCAAAAAUGGGCAAGAAAAAGUCUGCCAUGGGGCUCGGGAGAUCACUGAUAAAGGAGAGACUCAACGCAGGCCGAGGCAACAAGAGGGGCGAUACUUGGCUCCACACCAGUGAACUGAACGAUGGCUACGACUGGGGUCGUCUCAACCUGCAGUCAGUGACUGAACAGAGCUCUAUGGAUGAUUUCCUUGCAACUGCUGAAAUGGCCGGGACAGAGUUUGUUGCAGAAAAGCUCAACAUCAAGUUUGUGGCAGCUGAAGCUCGGGCAGGAUUACUGACAGCCGAGGAGACGGCAAAGCUGAAGAAGCUGCACGAGGAGAACAAACAACUCCUCAGAAUUCCAAGAAGGCCUCACUGGGAUGAAGGCACCAGUCCAGAGGUCCUCCAGCAGACAGAGAGAGACAGCUUCCUGGAGUGGAGAAGAGAACUGGCAGAGCUUGAAGAGGAGCAGAAAAUGAUUCUCACACCUUUUGAGAGGAAUUUGGAUUUCUGGAGACAGCUCUGGAGAGUGAUUGAGAGGAGUGACAUUGUUGUUCAGAUUGUUGAUGCCAGGAACCCAUUGCUAUUUCGUUGCCCUGACCUGGAGUGCUAUGUAAAAGAGGUGUCCCGGUACAAGGUGAACUUGUUGCUGGUGAACAAGGCUGACCUGCUGACCCGGCAGCAGCGGAGGAUCUGGGCCAGAUACUUCCAGAGAGAGGGCCUCCGCGCUGUGUUCUGGUCCGCACUGGUGGAGAACGAGAGGCUGGAGGCAGAGGAGAAGGGAAUGGAAGUGGAGGAGCAGGAGGAUGAAAAGAGCGAAGCGGAGGAUGAAGACGGGGGAAUGCCAGACAACGACAACAUGAGCCGAAGACAGGAAGUAGAGGAUAACAAGGAGAAGAAUGAGGAAGAGAGCGAGGAGGAAGAAGAUGAGGAGAGCGAUAUGGAAGGGGAGCAGUUUAAAGACUGCGUAGCAGAGGGAGACUGGCAGACGGCAUCGGAGGGUGAAGAGGCAUCAGAGGAUGAGGAGGCAGACGACGAAGAGAGUAUAGAUGGCUCCACCCACGGCUCCUCCUUCCACAACUCCAGUCGCCUGCUGACAAAAGAUGAGCUGCUUGCCAUAUUUAAGGCGGCUCACGAUGGGCCAACGUUGAAAGAGGGCGAGCUCACAGUGGGGCUGGUCGGGUAUCCCAAUGUGGGCAAAAGUUCGACCAUCAACACCAUUCUGAGAAAUAAGAAGGUGUCCGUCUCAGUCACGCCUGGGCACACCAAGCACUUUCAGACACUGUAUGUGGAGCCAGGUCUGUGUCUGUGUGACUGCCCUGGCCUGGUCAUGCCCUCCUUUGUGUCCACUAAAGCUGAGAUGAUGUGCUGUGGGAUCCUGCCCAUCGACCAGAUACGAGACCAUGUGCCUGCCAUCUCUCUCGUGUGUCAGACAAUUCCUCGGGAUGUGCUGGAGGGCACCUAUGGCAUCAACAUCAUCCGCCCGCGAGAGGACGAGGACCCCGACCGCAUCCCCAACUAUGAGGAGCUACUGAUGGCCUAUGGAUACAUGAGGGGCUUCAUGACAACACACGGACAACCUGACCAGUCGAGAUCAGCCCGUUACAUACUCAAGGAUUACGUCAUUGGUAAACUGCUGUACUGCCACCCUCCUCCCCACAUCAGUGCUGCAGACUUCCAGCCCCAGCACAGCAAGUUCCAGGCCGGAGAUGCAGACGGUGAAGACUCCAAGAUAGGCAACAAACCGAGCAAAGUCAAGAGGCAUGAGAAUCUGGUGGACAAGAACUUCUUCCAUCAGGAGAAUGUUCGGGCGCUCACAAAGGGGGUCCAGUCUUUCAUGGGUUACAAGGAAGGCAGCGUAGGCCAGCGUGAACUGGUAAAUCAAGGGAAACCUGGCUUAGAACAGCCUGUGGGCAAACCCUGGAAGAAGCAUGGCAACAGGAACAAGAAAGAGAAAGUACGCCGACUCACCAAGCACCUGGAUGCCUGAAGAACAUCUAUAAACAGUUAGAAAUCACUGGUAGUUUGGAUUGUUAACCCCCAAAGGACCUUCCAAUGCAAUUACACAGGAAUUGGUAUGUAGAUACUGGUCAACAACAAUAACCUCCAUUGCACUUUGCAAUAUGGAGAAACGGGGAAAGGUUGCCUUUUGAUAUCAAACAUAAUUCAGGAUAUUCUGUGUAACUCAUCAUGCAUUGCAGUGACAGUACAUUCCACUAUUACCAGAGCAGAGUUGGGGUCAACUCAAUUCCAGGAAUUUCUGCAACUGAGAUUGAGCCUUACUCUGAACCAGAGGAAAUUCAUUGGAGAUCAAUCAGUGAAGAUUGUUAUUUUUUCAAUAAGGUUUGUUACAAGGUGCAGCCUAUUGUACUUUACAGCAGGGAUAUUCAGCAGGGGGUCUGCAAAAGUAUAUUAAAAAAAUAAAAUAAUGCUUUUUUUAAAUGUCAAUGUUUUUACGAAUAUCGCUAGUAACAGAAUAUAAUUUUUCAACUUUAUUUGUCAACUAAUAUUGAGCAAAUUACACUCACACUCGCAUAGGAAUUGAAAAAGCACCCGUGAAUAGGCUACCAGUGCAGCUUGUAAGCUUUCUUGACUUGGGACAUACAUUUUUGCCAACACAUAGCUAACCUUUCAGCGAAAACGUGUUUUGGAGUUACCUUUUGUAGUUAAUAGGUUAUUUUAGAGUUUACACUUCCACGUCCAACUAUAAUGUGGCUGCUGGUAAGCUUUUUUGAUUUGGGCAUAACGUACAUUUUUGCUAACCUUUGUUUAACCAGCUAAAGAGCUGCUCUUAGCGAAAAUGGUUCGAGUUACCUUUCUGGUAAUUAUAUUGCGGGAAGGUAAAAAAAAAAAUGAAACACUACCAUAUCUAUUUAUUUUAAAAUGAAGAUUACUUCUUGCCAUUAUCAUUCACCUGAUAAGACUAGACGUCAUAUUUUUUAUGGUAUGAUGGGGGAACUUGGUUUCCCCUGGGCAAGGAAAGACCCCUGCUUUACAGAGAUAAUUAACUUGUUGGAUUCCCUACGAUCUACAACCAGACUGCUACUUUGCUAUACAUUUAUUUGAAGCAACAACACUUGUGUAAUAUCCCUGAUUAAAUAAUUAUAUAUGUUGGUUUUCAAACGUU